UGUCAUGGCCUCUUCCAGCCAGCUGUGAGGGGACUGCCCUGUGACUCUGAGAGCAUGCUGGAACUGAGCAGCCGGGGCACUGAGGUGAGAGCAUGAAGCAGAGGUGAGCAAGGCAGACACAAACUCAGAAGGCCCACAGAACACCAAGUGGGAGGAUCUCAUUCCACUCCCCUGUGCACAGUCUUAGUAUUCAUCAGACCUUGAGGUGCUCAUAUUCAGACAAGGCUAAGAAGGCGUGUGAUGCUUCUGCUCUAAUACUUGUACAGACAGGAGUGAGCCUCAACUAGAUAGCUGGAGUACUCCAUGAGGGAAUGAGGCGCUGCCCUGGAUGUUGCACAGAAACCUCUGACAACAGAUAAAUGAGUGCAUUCCAAGGAAUGAAAUUCAGCUGUUUGUGGGGAAGGAACCAAAGCGCAAAAUGAAUGAGACCAUACGGUGCACCUUGGUAAACUGCAUCUGCCUUGGUUUUAAACCUGGCAAAAUAAACCAUCGUCAUUGUGAGCAGUGCAGGCACGGAUGGGUUGCACAUGCACUUAGCAAAUUACGGAUCCCACACUUCUAUCCCGCCGGCCAAGUAGAAAUAGUUCAGUCCAGUGUAGUCUUUGAUAUCAGCAGCCUCAUGCUCUACGGGACACAAGCCAUUCCGAUCCGUCUGAAGAUUCUGCUAGAUCGCCUCUUCAGUGUCAUCAAGCAAGAAGAGGUCUUACAGAUUCUUCAUUCACUUGACUGGACCCUCCAGGAUUAUAUACGUGGUUAUGUACUGCAGGAUGGCUCUGGAAAAGUCCUAGAUCACUGGUCUAUUAUGACUGUUGAAGAAGAGCUAGCUACUCUGCAGCAGUUUCUCCGUUUUGGUGAAACAAAAUCUAUUGUGGAGCUCAUGGCAAUUCAGGAAAAAGAAGGCUAUUCUGUACUUGUGCCCAGUACUAGAACCAAUUCUGACAUUCGAGCAUUUAUUGAAAGCAGCAACCCAAGGGGCAGUCCUAUUUUACCUUCCACACUGGAGAAGGUGUCUCCUUCAGCCAUUCAUCCCUUUGAGAACAUGAUCAACAACAUGGCAUUCACAUUACCAUUUCAGUUUUUCAGUCCAGUGCCACCUCCGCUUAUAGGAUCACCACCAGAAAGACCAGUGCCUGAAAGAAACCAAGACAGAGCAAAAGAUUGCAAAAAUGAUUCUCAAAUAUCAUUCUUGGAGAGCAGCUACUUAACUUCCAGUUCUGCAACAUUUCAUUUGGAAAAUGACUCUAACAUGAGUUCUCGAGAUGGUGCCCCCAAAAUAGAAGAUGAUAGCCCUUUAAGCGAUGCAAGCUCACAUAACCAUAUGAGCAACUAUGAUAUUUCUUCAGUCUCUCCAGAGAGUAAAAAUAAUCUCACAGAAAGAAAUAUCAAUGGGCCUAGGAAGGGUCGGGUUUUUUGCACUGCUUGUGAAAAGACCUUUUAUGACAAAGGCACACUAAAAAUUCAUUACAAUGCUGUCCAUCUGAAGAUAAAACACCGGUGUACAAUUGAGGGAUGUAACAUGGUCUUCAGCUCUCUGAGAAGUCGAAACCGUCAUAGUUCAAAUCCUAACCCGAGGUUGCAUAUGCCCAUGAACAGAAAUAACAGAGACAAGGAUUUGAGGAAUGGACUAAUUAUAUCUGUAUCUGAAGAUUCUAAAAGACUUACACCUAAAUCCUGUAACUUGGACAGCAGAUCAAGUAAUAACUAUGUCAGUACUGCUCCUGAUAUAAAACUGCAGUCUGGUCUCUCCAAUGUUGGACAGUCGUGUGUGCUUUUCCCCAAUCUGAAAACUGUCCAACCAGUUUUGCCCUUCUAUCGAAGUCCUGCAACACCUGCCGAGCUUGCCAACACUCCUGGAAUACUACCUUCUCUUCCGGUCAUUUCUUCCUCUAUCUCAGAGAAAAUCCUUUCCAGUGACUUUCUCUCAAAUACAAUGCCAAAAAAGAAAUCUCGAAAAUCCAGCAUGCCCAUCAAAAUCCAGAAAGAGUCAAUUGAUGCACCACAAGGAAACCUAGAAGAAGUUAGUUCUGAAGAGGACAACCCUAUACAUGAAACAAGUGACGACGCCUUUGAAAAUUGUGAUAAAAACCAAGACAUGCAUAGUUCUGGGAGGAUACAGAGAGACAACAUGUCUUUGGAUUCGUAUAAAUCAAAUGACUCUGAAGAUCGGCAUUAUCAGUCUGUCAUGGAUAAUGACUACAACAGUGUGUCUUCUGAUUCUGAGAAUGAGUUCCAACCCUCCGAAAGAGAAAAUAACCAUAAAGAAGAUUAUGCUUUAAAUAUGAAUUUAAGUGAAAACAAAAUUGAACACUCAAACAACUUUAAUGUUUCACAGCAGUUGGCUGAAGUCAACCUGUACAAUAAAGAGCAGCCACAACAUACGGAUUCUGAAGGUGGUGUUGAAUUCCGCAAUUACUCUGUGAGUGGGGGGCUUUACAAUUCAACUCCUAACAAGACUUCUGACUUUGAUUCUGGAGAACAGCACUUGCAAAUUCCUAAAGAAGAAAAACGCUUUCAUUGUGAGAUAUGUAAAAAAGCCUUUAAAAACCCUUACAGUGUGAAAAUGCAUUACAAAAACGUGCACCCAAAGGAAAUGCAUUUAUGUACGAUAGAGGGCUGCCAUGCUGCUUUCCCAUCUCGCAGGAGCAGAGACAGGCACAGUUCAAAUGUAAACCUUCAUCAGAAGCUGUUAACUAAAGAAGCACAUGAGGUACAAAGCAUCCCAUACACUAUACCCUAUCUACUAAAGGACACUAUUAAGGAUUGUUAUCAGGACCCUCAACUAAAAAAUUCGGGACAGACAUCUGUGAUCUUCAAAGGAAUGAACAGAACAGGGAGCCUGGUUUAUCCCAUGAGCAAGUUCAGAGAGCCUUGUUCGGACAGCUUUGGGACAGAGCCUGUGAAUGACAGUGUUGUGUUGGAUUUAAGCACUACUUCCAGCAUUCGGUCCGUCAGCAGUUCUCAUUCCUCCUGGGACUCCGAUGGAGGUAGUGAAGAAGGUAACAUACCAGUGGAAGAUAGUGAUGAAAGCUGUGAAGGAUUGAGCUUCAUUACACAGGAAGAGCUCUACCAGAAUUUUAACUUGAUCAAUAGAGUUCACCAGAGUUUCUCAAGCAUACCCUCUGGUAUGCCAAUAACCUGCCAUAUCUGCCAAAAAACAUACAGUAACAAAGGGACUUUUAGAGCUCAUUAUAAAACUGUCCAUUUGCGCCAACUGCAUAAAUGUAAAGUAGAAGGAUGCAACACCAUGUUCUCAUCUGUGCGCAGUCGUAACCGCCAUAGCCAAAACCCUAACUUGCACAGACGCUUAUCUGAACCCCCACAUAUCUUGCCAUAAAAAUAAUGUUGAUAAAAAAAACGAUUCUACGAAUUCACUUGCUAUUUGUGUAACUUUGUUUGUUUGUUGUUCUAGUAACAGUUUCUUUAGCCCCUUAAAUUGCCACAAAUAUAUAGUUAUGCAUUUUAGUAACCUCUGCAAUUCUCAAUUCAUUAAUAUUUCCCCAUUAUAGCAGGAAAAUCACUCCUGUUAUUUCUUCCAGAGGGGCUGGUUAGUCUCUCAUUGGGCAAUCAAAUGUUCCUUCUAUAAAUCAGAAUUUUUCCUUCUAUAAAUCAAAAAUGUAGCUGCAUAUGGCCUAAUCUAUAGCAGCCUUAUGACAAUUGACAACCUCAUUUGCUGCCACGCUCAAAGCUGCCCUUUAUUAAAGUGGUGACUUUGUGGGCAAGGUGAUGUCGAUGUGCAUUACUGUGGGAUAUUCUAGAGAAGGUCUAGUAAAAAUAAAACCGUGGCCUCCAGUUAUAUAAAAAAAAUGAACAAAAUACCAUAUAAUUUAUUAAUACUAUAUUAAUCAAUAGGUUAAUGCUUACUUCCAAUCAUUAGACCAAGGUCUGGCAAAAUUGGUGUAUCCUGGGUGUUGUUGCUCAGCAUUCCAAUGGUGACAGGUUGCCUGUCUUGGCCUUAAGGAUAUCAUUUUUUACAUUCUUUGCUGAAAUACAGCAUUCACCAUAGGCUACCUGCUACUCACAGUUAGUUGCAACACAACUGCUAGGCUAUCCUCACUCUACUUAUAUAAAUCUGCGUCUCUAAUUUCUCCAAAAUAACUGAACUUGCCAGUAAAAUGACAUACCUGCCUUCUAUUGCUCUUUUCCGAUGCACUGUUUUUCAUUUUCAGGGAAAAGCAUGAUCUUGAAAGAGCGAAAUAGUGAUGCAUUUCAAAGUAGAGGCUGUGCAAAGAACUACCUUUACUGAAAAACUGGUCAAACCACUGAUGACUCGGUGCCAGCUGAAAGGCUCUGACAUUUUGUAGAACAAAUUAUUCUAUGUAAGUAGGAACCUGGUCUUGUACAGUUUUGAUACAGUGUUAUUGUAUGUCAACCGUGGGCCAGAAUUCUGUUUCAAAGGUGCCCCAAGUGGAAAAAAACUUAGCACUGUAAUUUAGAUAUACUUUGUCUUAUAUGCUAUGCACUUAAUAUUUUUCUUAUGAGCAUUUUUUAUUAAAAAUGCUUUGUUCACUUUCAUUUGGGUUGUAUGACUCGUAUUUCAUUUUGUCCCCGAAUGUUUUUUUGUUGUUGUUGUGGAAGAAGCUAAAGUUUCCAAAAGCAUGACAUCUGUAAAUAACCAUGCUGAUUUAUUUUGUAAGCUCCUUCUGAAACAUAUGUGAAAAGAAUAUAAUUCCAGUAGGACUGGAUAUGUUAAAUUGUGUUAUGUACUGUAUGAAAGAAAGCACACCUAAUAGAUUUCAUUUGUAGACACUGUAUUCGUGUAAAAUAAAUGCCUCAAGUUAUGGAUGUUUAACUUAUUUUGUAUGAUGCUCAAUGGUGUCAGCCUGCAUAUUGUUUGGUAUUAAAUUGGAUUCCUUUAAAUAUGGCAA